AUGGCCACAACAAUGUCGAAUACCAUCCCCGUCGGUACCAAUGACCCAGCCAGCAAAAUGGCAGAGAUAGCUUCUCCUCCGAAUCCCUCUCUUCUCUCACAACUCGCUGCGCGGUAUAGAGGAGCAACGGUAGAAGACCUCGAUCCGCCCUCAGCCCUCUCCUGCCACCCCUCAGACCCCAUCUCCCACGCCCUCCUCACGGCCUUCGAACGAGACUACACCCACCUGACCGUCAUAUCACCCACCAACCGCGCCCUCCUAGGCUACCUCUCUAUCCCCAACCUACGCUCCAUACUGGCUUCCGGCACGGUGCAAGAGACAGACGAAGUAAGCAAGGCGAUGAUCAAGUUCAGGAGAAAAGGGAAAGUGUAUAAGGUUAUUACGAUGGAGACGCCGCUGGAGGAGCUGGAGAUGUUUUUUAAUGGGGGUGUGGAGGGUGGCGAGAGGCAAGAGUUUGCGGUUGUGACGGAUGAUAGGAGGAGGUUUGUGUUAGGUGUUGCCACGAGGACGGACCUUGAGGAGUUUGCGAGACGGAGACCGGCUUGA